CACUCUUGUCUCUGCAGGGACCCUGAAGCGGCCGAAGGAGGAGAGCUGGUUCUGGGUGGUUCGGACCCAGCACACUACAUCCCGCCCCUCACCUACGUGCCAGUCACGGUCCCUGCCUACUGGCAGAUCCACAUGGAGCGUGUGACGGUGGGCACAGGGCUGACUCUUUGUGCCCAGGGCUGUCCUGCCAUUCUGGACACAGGCACAUCUCUCAUCACGGGACCCACUGAGGAGAUCCGGGCCCUGCACAGAGCUAUCGGGGGAUUCCCCCUGUUGGGGAAGUACAUCAUCGAGUGCUCGAUCAUCCCCACGCUCCCUCCCGUGUCCUUCAGCCUCGGGGGUGUCUGGUUUAACCUCACCUCCCAGGACUACGUCAUCCAGGUAGGCAGCGGUCAGAAUGACGUCAGGGGGACGCGGUAACUGGGGGGGAAGGGGGGGUGUCUCAGAGGGUGGAGCUGGGAGUGAGACCUCAC